UCUCUCUCUUCCGUUCUCCUCCACCUGUGCGCGCUGCACACCCCCUUCCCCCCUCGCAGGGGUAAGAGAAUCCCCCGAGUGUUAUAUCGAUGGAGUCAGCCGCGAGUAGCCAUACGAUCGAGAGUGGCUUUUCGCUCUGAAUCGCGAUGGAAAUGGCGCGUUGUUCGACCUUGAGAAGUGGAAACGCUCGAGAGAAUAGUGGAGAUCUCGUAGGGCUGACAAGGGCCCGAUAAGAGAACGAGAGACUCGGUGGGAGCCGAGAGCUCUCGCAGUCACACAGGUCUCGGCGGAAGGUCUUCGGAAGAAGAGGAGAAUAUGUCUGAAUGGGUGGUGUUUGCUCGUGUCGCGGCCGCGGCAGCCAGGUCAACGCCGGCUCGAUCCUCGACCGCGUGAUCAGCCAGGCGAGCAACGAGGACCAGUGUUUGUUGUAUCGGCUGGCCAACUACAAGAAGGGCGGCGAGCUGAUAGAGGCUUACAACCAGGGCGGCCAGCCGGAGGUCGAGAGACUGAUAAGAGAGCAAUUCGGCAUCCUGAUGUACGCGGACGGCAAGGGUCAGGUGAUCAAUCGCGCCGAGUAUCUACGCUGGAAGUUUCGCGACCUGGAGCAGGUCGUGCUGCCGAUCGAGGCGUCGUUGUCGCGCUUCGACCCGUUGGCACAGUGGUACGACCACGAAGCCUGCUGGCAGAUGCAGUACAGAGGCUCGCUGGGAGAGAGCCUGCUGCACGUGCUCAUCAUAUGCGACACGCGUAUGCACACGAGGAUAGCGCGCACGUUGCUCAAGUGCUUCCCACGGCUGGCCAUCGACGUGGUCGAGGGCGAGGAAUACCUCGGCGCUAGUGCCCUUCAUCUGGCGAUCGCCUACAACAACAACGAGCUCGUGCAGGAUCUGGUCGAGGCGGGCGCGAUCAUCUCGCAACGGGCUAUCGGCAGCUUCUUCCUGCCCAGAGACCAGCAGAGGAUGAAUCCCGUAAGGAACACCGAUUACGAGGGACUCGCGUAUCUCGGGGAGUACCCGCUCGCGUGGGCCGCGUGCUGCGCCAACGAAAGCGUUUACAACCUGCUGCUCGACUCCGGCGCCGAUCCUGACGAGCAGGAUUCUUUCGGAAAUAUGAUUUUGCACAUGGUUGUAGUGUGCGACAAAUUGGACAUGUUCGGCUAUGCCCUGCGACAUCCCAAGCUUCCCACUCGCAACGGAAUCGUGAAUGCCGCAGGCCUGACCCCAUUGACACUCGCCUGCCAGCUGGGGCGUGCCGAGGUCUUCCGUGAGAUGCUGGAGCUGUCCGCACGGGAGUUCUGGCGUUACAGUAAUAUCACCUGCUCGGCGUAUCCACUCAAUGCUCUCGACACGCUGCUCCCGGACGGUAGAACAAACUGGAACUCUGCGCUAUUUAUCAUUCUGAACGGUACGAAGGAGGAGCACUUGGACAUGCUGGACGGUGGUGUUAUUCAGCGAUUACUUGAGGAAAAAUGGAAGACCUUUGCGCGAUUGCAGUUCCUGAAGCGAUUGAUUAUCUUGGUGUUUCACCUGGCCUCGCUGUCCUUAGCCGUGUACUUCAGGCCCGCGGACAUGGACGCCGAGUUGCUGCAGUGGCCCGACGAGAUUACGGACGCCGCCCGCAUCGCGGCGGAAUGCAGUACCGUGCUGGGUGUGCUAAGUUACAUCCUGGUGCAACUGGGCGGCGAGAUGAUCAACAUCGGUCCGCUGUCGUUCCUGAAGCAACUGAGCCACGAACCGGCCAAGUUGAUAUUCGUGAUCAGCAAUCUGCUCAUUCUCGCGUGCAUUCCAUGUCGUAUCGCCGGCAAUCGGCACGCGGAGGAUGCGAUACUGGUGUUCGCCGUGCCGGGCUCGUGGUUUCUUCUCAUGUUUUUCGCCGGAGCUAUCCGACUGACCGGUCCGUUCGUCACGAUGGUGUACAGCAUGAUAACCGGCGACAUGCUGACCUUCGGCAUCAUUUACACGGUCAUGCUCUUUGGAUUUUCUCAAUCGUUUUAUUUCCUCUACAAGGGAUUCCCGGGCGUGAAGUCGUCCCUCUACCAUUCCUAUCCUUCGACCUGGAUGGCGUUAUUUCAGAUAACCUUGGGCGAUUAUAACUACGCAGACCUAAGUAACACGACCUAUCCCAACUUGAGUAAGACGGUCUUUGCGAUCUUCAUGGUGCUCGUGCCGAUAUUGCUGCUCAAUAUGCUGAUCGCCAUGAUGGGUAAUACGUACGCGCACGUUAUCGAGCAGAGCGAGAAGGAAUUUGUGAAGCAGUGGGCCAAAAUUGUGGUAUCUUUGGAACGCGCUGUGUCGCAGAAGGACGCCCAUAAUUAUCUACAGGAAUACAGUAUCAAGUUGGGGCCGGGCGACGAUCCGAAUAAUCCCGCAUCGGAGCAGAGAGGUGUGCUGAUUAUUAAAAGCAAAUCGAAAACUAGAGCGAAACAGCGCAAGGGCGCCGUGGCUAAUUGGAAGCGAGUCGGAAAAGUCACGAUAAACGAGCUGAGAAAACGAGGUAUGACUGGCGAGGAGCUACGCCGUAUAAUGUGGGAUCGUGCGUCCAUCUCCACUCCUGUGCGAGUCAGUCCUAAUGUCAACGAGCCACAAGUGUCGGCAGUUACUGCAGGUUUUGGUGACGCGCUAACCGCAGCUUUGGACGUAAUGGCCUUUGCGCACGACUUUGACUUAUCCACUGCGACGGAAGGCGUACCGAGCAAUAUCGACACGAGGCAGACGAAAGCCAUCCCCGACGAGCAGACGAGAACGGCUCGGAAUAAUCCAAAGGCGGUGACGGAUGUCCAACCGCACAAACAAGCCAUCGGGGGGGAGGAGACCAAGUUGUCAGGUCUCACGGAUCUAAUUGAUAUGUCCGCCGCCGAACCGGCGCGCGUGGAAGCGAUGAACUUGAAGAACGCGAGUCAAGCAAAGGCGCACGAGGGAGCUGUCGAGGAUCCAUUCCUGGAGCUCGCUAUCGCCUCCGAGACUACGGAAGAUUACGAUACUUUAUUGCAAAUGGCCAAGUCCGCCCUAGCUACCAGUGAGGCUUCAACCACGGUCGACCCACAAAUUCUAGCACACUUCACUAUGAUCGCCCCGCCGCCCGUUGAAAAACCCAUCGUUGUUAAGAAACAAUACUUGGUGGAGUCCAGUGACAACGAUCUCGGUGGCGACAAUUUGCUCGGUACCGAAGCUCGCAUCAGGAGGAUAAAGUCGGCGAAUGAUAGAUUCAUCAGCACAUCCAAACGAUCACACCAUGACGACGAUAACGACAGUUCCUCGUCCGUCACUUCCGUCGACCGGAGUCAGCCGCAGUAUCGACCGCUGCUGAAUGAUUCGGAAGAGAGCCUGGCGAACCGCGUCGAGAACGAAGGACGAAGAACUUCCGACGUCGAAACAAUUAAGUCGGAAGUCAAGCAGAACGGCCGCGGCGGCGGCGGCGGCGGUGUUUCCAAGCCGUCGGAUAAACGCGUCCAGAAACGCCGGCCGAAAACGGCCAAGAACAGGGUAUCGCCUAAGGAAAUAGAGGAACCGGCGAGGAGACGAGAAGAAUCGAUUGAGCGGAAUAAGGCGGCUCUUUCACCUCCGGCGUCGCCCUCGGAUCCGCUCGAGCCAUGGAGCACGCGUGGCAUUACCGACAUGAACACGAUAUUGGCCUGGCGGGAGAAUGCACCGGACAGUCCUUAAUAUGACUUUAUGACAUUUCGCACUGCGACCUCCUCCACCUUCCUUUUCCUCCUCGCCGCGUGCCGCGACCGAUCACGUCGACACACGUUGGCACGCGCACACACACACAGCCGACGUCGACGCCGUGAGGCGUCGUACACAUGGAUAAUCGCGCACAAAGCGAUUUCAUGCUCGGUCAUGGCCGAGCUUUAUUUUGAAAAACGCACGUCUCAAGCCGGAUUUGGAAAAUUCUGAAUUUGUGUCCGUGAGCGAAUUUCACACACAUACACAUUUAACGCGUAUUUGAAUGGUACGAGUAUUUGAAUUGUCACGAUAUUUUUUCAAAUUGCUGUAUGUGAGAAAGCACACAUUGUGUACUUUUGUAAUAUUGUAUGAUGACGAUACAUAUGGGAAAAGGUAUUGUACAGAUUUCUAAAUUGGAGAGCAGGUCUCCGAUUACAUAUAUCAGAGACAAGAUUUUAGACAUGAAUUAAGAUUAACGGAAUUCACUGUCCGCGAUCGUUAUUCGAUAUACAAGUGUAGUUGAUUUAUUAUCCUUAAUUUUCUACCUUUGCCUUUGCGCAAGGAGUGCAAAGAGAGAGAGAGAGAGAGAGAGAGAGAGAGAGUUUAAAGAGUAAAAUCGACAACAUUUUGUAUGUCCAAAGGAUCAGCUUAUGUAUCGUUGUUUUCCGAAACAAACUUUGAAACACAGAUUAGCGUUGCAUAGAUUAGUUUUUGCUGAUACCGCGCAUGCUGUUUGCUGUAAAAAGCAGCUUGGACUUUUAUGAGGGGAGUACCGAGUGUAUAAAAUCACGCUAAAAAAAUUGGUAACGAUGUCGCGACAAAUCGAUUCGCACAUUGCGCGGGUUUGUGUUGUUUACCAUGUUUACCAUGAAUAUUAUUCGAUCUCAAAUCCACACACACCCGCGUAAAUACGCCGUAAUAUGUCGUAGAGAAUAUACCGUCAAGCGGCAUACUUUUGUGUGAUAAUUAUGAAAGCAAACAUGAAAGCGAGCAGGGACCAAAAAAUAUCAACCCACCAUAUAAUUUCUAAAGAGGUCGCACGAUGAGAAAUUUUGUACGUACACAGGGUGCGCGCGCGCGCGCGCGCGUGUGUGUGUAUAUGUACACAAGUAUAUUUAUUAAAAUGAGCCACCGAGGAAUUUCUCGAAGGCGCAAGAGUAGCUACGUAAUGCGUGGCAAGCAGUCGAAUACUUUUGCGCUCUCGAGUAUAGGUAUUUCCAAGUUUGAAGGGGACCUCCGGAUUUUACUCUCACAAAAUUUGUCAAUUAUGCAAUUAAAGCACGCCGUAUAAGCUGUAGGUAGGUAGGUAGGUAUAGGAGAUACGGUAAACUUUCCGUCCACACAGCGAGAUAUUAUUACCUGCAUUCCAGUAUCUCCAUCCAGCUCGGCUCGAUAGCGAUUAAAGCGGUAUAUCUGAGAAUCGAAAGUUAUCCCCGUUGAUCGCAUACGUGGCGCGGGCAAAGAUAUUUCCAGAUUCUUGCUACUCAGAUUUCUGUGUAAAUACUUGUGUGCAUACCACGCAGAUUUGUACACACGAGAAAGGCGCGCCGAAUAAACUAUUUUCAAGCGA